AUGCCACAGUACCAAGCGUCUCUGUCCACGCCCCACCUCACACCCGAAUCCUUCGCCGAAGUUUGUGACCACUUUGAUCGCCGUUACUGCCAAUCUCGGCUCGGCAGCACUCUUCGUCAACGCUGGAAGCUACGCCAGCGAACAGCAUUGCAGGUCUUUAGUGGUACAUUUGGAGGAUUCACUGUAGGGCCGGGGUAUCGGUAUUUGCAAAUUGUCCGGUCACUAGCCGAGGAUAAUGCAGGGCGGGAUGGUGAUAUGGCGGAGCUUUUGGGAGGCUUCUCGUUUGAAGAGAGGACAAGAGGGAACCAGGGUGGGGAUGAAGGUGAAGGGGGGGAUGAUGAGAUGAUGAGAGCGGAGGAGGACGACCAGGAGGCCAUCGUGACUAUGCCACCUCAGGACACAGCACCCCGGCACGGACAAGUGGUAUAUGAAAUCCACUACCACCCGACCUACUCAGCACCUUGUCUAUGGUUCAAUCUCCACGGACUGCCCGACGGCGAGAACCCUCUCAGCAUCGACACGGUGUUUUCACGGCUGGUUCCCUCACAGUACUGGCCCGGCUUGCAGGGCGGCAUUGGUGGUAUCUCGAUGGACCAUCACCCCGUCACAGGCGAACCUUCAUUUUUCGUCCACCCGUGCUAUCUCGCCGACGCCAUGGACGGGUUUCCCGACCUCACAGAACAAAACUACCUGGUCAGGUGGCUCGGCUUAGUGGGUGGUUGCGUCGGGCUGUGGGUGCCAAUGCAGAUGAUCGUCGACUCCGAGCCCGAGGAGAAAUGGUCAUAG